CUUUAUCAGUCAUUCGUACUCCCGAGUCUUCGAUCAGGCAUUUCGACUUCACAUUUUAAUUGCAACUCGGACAGUACUUACAACAACAACCAUCAAUUCAAUAAACUGAUCCGAAAAAUUUGCUGUCGACAUCGUUAUAUUGGGAGCUUGUUUGUCGCGGACCGUUGUAGUACGCGAAGGGCCAACAUGGCUUCCGCAGUUCGGGAACGGAUCAUCAAGUCUCUCCGCACUUGUCUUCUGGGUCGCGAUCCCGUUACUUUCGGCGUCUGCCCCAUCCCAGAACAAAACCUCGGACUGUUUUACGGCAAAGGCGAUGCUGCACGGCAACUGUAUCUGCACACUGCAUCCGACGCUGAGCUGGAGCAUCUGGCGCGUGCCUGCACUGCGGCCACCUUUGGGAUCAACCAGCAGGAUGUCUACGAUGAGACUUACCGCAAGGCUGGCAAAAUGGACGUCGAAGAAUUCGCCAGUAAAUUCGACUUGGAGCGCUCGGGAAUUUUGACGCGUAUCAAGAAUGAUUUGCUGGAUGAGGAUCGCAUCAAAUCUGACAGGCAUCUGGAGUGUGAACUUUACAAGCUGAAUUUCUAUGCCACCGGUGGCUUUUUCAAAGCACAUAAAGACACCCCUCGGAGCGCCAACAUGUUCGGAUCGUUGGUGAUUGUGUUCCCGACGAAACAUACCGGCGGAGAACUAAAGCUGCGUCACGGCGGAAAAAAGUGGACAUUCGAUUCGGCCAAGGAGUUGGCUGCUGUUACAGAGCCGUCGAUCGGAUACAUCGCCUUCUUCAGCGAUGUGGAGCACGAAGUGGCCGUCGUGCAGUCCGGGUAUCGCGUCACGCUGACCUACAACCUGUAUUUCCGUGAAUCUCAUGCUCCUUCGGAAUCGUUGAUCAACCUGGACGUCAACCGUGAAAAUACCUUCAAAACCGGACUGGAACAGUUAUUAGCUGAUCCGGCAUUUUUACCGAAAGGCGGUCGGAUCGGCUUUGGUUUGCAGCACGAAUACCCGGUCAGCGCCGAGACUAAGCUGAGCACUCUAAUGCAUUGCCUAAAGGGCAGUGAUGCGCUUGUCAAGAAAGUCUGCGAGCAACUGUCGUUGCCCAUUCAGCCGAAAAUGUUGACCCAUGCAGACGACUACGACACUUACGAUGAAGAGGAUGGAAUCAUUGGACUGCGGGAGAUUUCCGACGAGAGUGAGGAUGCAGUUGAGGAUAAUGGGCAGGGCGAGUCGGUAAAAGACAAUCCAUACUACCUGGAAGUGUUAACUGACCAUGUUGUGGAUUUGUCGGAUUGGCCUUUUUCGGUGGAAAAUACUGGUCGUGAAUUGAGGAAUGCAGAAGGGGCCUUGAUUCUUCCACUACGCCCAAGUGGCAGACAUCGUCAGCGUUAUGACUUUGGGAAGGAUAAGAAAGUCAGAUACUCGGUCAACAUCCGAUGGAUUACCGAACCGACGUUGUACAAUGAAGUGAAGACCCCAUACAUCGCAUAUGGGAAUGAGCACUCUCUUAAUUACUUGUAUGGCACCGUGUGCUUUGUUGCUAAAAUCGGUCCUCCCGGAAAGCGUAUUAAAGACCAACAUUCAGGAGGUGCUUGAAGACUGAAUGGAGCUUCCGUUUUACACUAAUUAACAUCUGGUUUGAUGGCUUCAUAUGGAAAAUGUCCGAAAUUCAGCUUUAAUACAUUCAUGUGCAGCUGAGUAAGCUGACCACUAAAAUGUCCACUAUUCCUGUGCUUCUGUUUGUGAUAACUGCGAGUGUACGCCCUGUGAAUCGAAAAUAAUCUGGUCCUUUCAGAGAGUAUUUUUCUAUGCGUGAAUAUUUGUUCACUGUUUAUAAUAUUCUAUCGUCUUCUGUACGCUGUACCGUAGAGUCAUCACUCCGUGGGAUCGGCUGCUAAACAUUUU